AUGAAAUUUAUUACUACAAAAGAAUAGACUAAAGUUAAAUUGUAAUUAUUUUGUUUUUUGAUUUAAAAGCAAAUAUUUUUGAUUAUUCAAAAGGUUAUCGCUUUAAGUAGCACAAGUGCUAUCUUUUAUUCAUAUCCAGAACUAAUUUCUCUCAAUUAAAUUAACCUACUGAGUAGCUUUUCAUAGAGUUUCUAAAAUAAUAACAGCAUUUAUUUAUUUUCUUCAAAUAGCGUAUAAAAAUUAGAUUUAGAGUUAAAUAAAGUUUCUUUUGUUUACUAAACGCCGAAUUGCCUAUAUUUUGCCUACUCUAAUUCUAGUGCAUUAUGCUAUUAUAACUAGUACCUAAAUAUUUUUAAUUUAUAUAAUUAAAAUGUAAAAGUAUAUAAAAUCAAGUCUGAAAUAAUAGUUGAUUUUCUUCCGUACUAGUUUAAUCUAAAGCCACCCCCUCCUCCUGAUUUCCCUCUUCCUAAUAAUCCUUUUGAUCCUUCCUAACCAACUGAUCCUUCAUAGAUUGAUCCUUCAUAGACUAAUCCUUCAUAGAUUGAUCCUUCAUAGACUGAUCCUUCAUAGAUUGAUCCUUCAUAGACUGAUCCUUCAUAGACUGAUCCUUCAUAAACAACGGAUCCUUCGUAAACAACGGAUCCUUCAAUUCCAUCUUCUCCUCCUCCUUUACCACCACCCCCACCAUAGAUUGAUUCAUUAGGAUGUACCAUAAUAUAUGGAAGUUAAUAUGUAUAAUUUACUAAGUAGACUUUAAGCUUGGUUUAGAAAAAUUUUUUAGGUGAAACCUUUUUAAGCUAAAAUUAAACUUAAAGGAUAAAUCCAAUCAAUUAAGUUUUUGAUUUAAAAAAUAUUAAUCAAACAGUAAUUACAUUCUCUGAUGGAAGUAUUUGGUUCAUAGAUUGGAAUAAUAUAACUUUUAUUUACAAAAACUUUAACUUUGAUUAAAAUUUUUAAAUUUUAAAUUGCAUUGAAUAUGAUCAAAAAGCAAGGUUAAUUGUAAUAAAAGCAGAUAAUUUCAAUGGUAUUUAUUAGUCUGCAAUAAUAUGCGCUAAUCUUACGUUUAACUAAACUGAAAAUAGUGUAUUCUUUUAAUAUGAAUAGCCUCAUUUUGUCAAAAUGACUUCUCAAAUUAUUGAUCACUUAAUGCUCAAUGAUUAUAAUUCAAUAAUACUUACUUCAUUUGAAGGAUAUGAAAUUGUGAAUAUAAGCGGACAAAUAAGUUAGUAAGUAACAUAAAGUGAUCAAAAUAUUUUUUAUUCUUCCGUAGAUCUGAAUAAUCAGCAUAUCUAUCAUUUAAAAUUUGUUAACUAGAAUUAGGCACUUGUGUAUAACUUGCUUAAUAAUAAUUUAAAUAUAUAUAAGAUAAAUUUCAAUUUAACUCAUAUUUGGUAAGAUACUACUAAUUUAUAACUUUAACUAGAUCCUCUAGAUUAAACAGAUAUUUAAAUCAAAAGAAACUUAAUAAACAUUUUGAAUGAUGAAAAAUUAAUUAUUGCAUAUAAAAACUAAUUAUGGCAAUUAACGUUUUAGUAACAGCUAAAAUACUAAAAUAUAAUUUAUAGUAGUUUUGCAGAUAAUAAUGAUGCUUAUUAUAUGGGUGGUAUCUAAAAUGUACUUUAUAAUUCAGAAAGAAAUAUUGUAGCUAUCAUUUUUAAAACUGGAUUUAGAAUUCAAUAAUUGCAAGGAUAAAAGCAAGUUUUUGAGAAAAAUAUAAAAUUUUAGAUUUUGAAUGCUGAAAUUUGUGCUUAAUAUAUUGCAAUUAUUUAUCAAAACUAAGCAACAUAUAAUUUUAUAAUGGUUAAUGCUAAUAACAAUUAGAUGAAUAAAUUCUUCUGUUAUGUAUAUAGCAGUUCAUUACUAAAGUUAAUCGUUACUGUUUUGCAUAUCAUCAUAAAAAAUAGAUAUUUUUAUGAUAUAAGCAACCAUAUCUAUGCAAAAUGUAGAUAAUGA